AUGUGUUACGGGGCUGGACAGGCUAAGGAUUCUAUAUUCUCCUUGGAGUGGGCCAUGGAGCCACAGCCUCUAACCCCGCCCAGCCCACACCCAAGACCACAUCCCAGACCCCGCCCAGCCCACGCCCAAGACCACAUCCCAGACUCCGCCCAGCCCACGCCCAAGACCACAUCCCUGACCCCGCCCAAGACCACAUCCCAGAUCCCACCCCCCCCACACCCAAGACCACAUCCCAGACCCCGCCCAGCCCACACCCAAGACCACAUCCCAGACCCCGCCCAGCCCACGCCCAAGACCACAUCCCAGACCCUGCCCAGUCCACACCCAAGACCACAUCCCAGACCCCGCCCAGCCCACGCCCAAGACCACAUCCCAGACCCCACCCAGCCCACGCCCAAGACUACAUCCCAGACCCCAUCCAGCCCACACCCAAGACCACAUCCCAGACUCCGCCCAGCCCGCACCCAAGACCACAUCCCAGACCCCGCCCAGCCCGCACCCAAGACCACAUCCCAGACCCCGCCCAGCCCACGCCCAAGACCACAUCCCAGACCCCGCCCAAGUAAACAAAUCGAGCGGUCGCGCAGGGAGGAGCACAGCAGGGGAAGCCUAGCACUCAUGGCAUCUCCAGGCACUGACACAGAUGCCGGCCCAUCAACAGAGGAGCUGCCCCAGGACGGAGGGAGCGCACCCGGGGCCAAGGCUUUAGAACCCGAGGAUCAGAUGGAGAACGGAAGGAGUGCCUCAUCUGCUGCUGCCCCACAACCCAGGAGGCCCCAGGCCACAGUGAGGGAGAGAACAGUGGAGGUACGAAAGACCUGGAGUGACAACAUUCAUGGCCUGGACAACCUGACCCUAGCCAUCAACAGCCUGGAUGAUCACGUCCAGGCUGGGUUGCAAGAUGUUCGAAAUUGUGUCGGCAUUUUGCGCCACGAGAAAACUGAACUCAUCAAGCAGGUGCGCUCCCUCUCCGAGGUGGUGCGGGAAACUUCCAUCCAGAGAGACCACUACAAGGAGGCAACACUCCAGCUGCGGCAGGAAGUUGCCAGUUUAAGAGAGCAGCUGGAAAGGCAGAAGAAAGACAAGGAAAUGCUAUCCAAAAGAAUGCAGGAGCUGGAGGACCUAGAUGAGCAACACUUGGAAAACAUUGCCAAGACGAUGCGCAGCAAGCGUUUAGCGCACAGCACCCUCGUCAAGUGGAGGAAAAAGAUGCAUGAGAAGAAUGGAAAGAAAACUCUUCAGUUUCAGGUGCUGGAGGAAGAGAACAGUAGGCUGCGCGCCGAGCUGCUGCUGUGCCAGGAGGCAGCCAAGCAGGCCUUCCUCCGCAGCGCCAACGCCCUCAACUCAGAGGCCAUCACUAUGUUCCAAGAUGCAGCUACUCGUCGCUUAGGUGGGGAUGAGGAAGAUGACCAAGAGAGGCCACCAUCAUCUGCAUCCUCCUCCUCGUCUUCCUCAAUCCAACCUCCAAGUACUCAGGAUAAGGGUGGCUCUGUGGCAGAAGGCGGCGCAAACAAGGAAAACAAGAAUGGUCAGGGGCACAGAGGAGAAAGAACACAUGAAGGCUGGCACAGAGAAGAGGAGUCCAUGGCUAGCCAAGACCAGCUCCACCACUCAUCUGGGGUGCCAAGGCAAGGGGAGCGAAACGUUAUUUACUCAACCUUCAGAGGGAACAGCAGGGAUCACAGGGCACCUCACUCAUCCUCAGCUCCUCCAAGGACCCACUGGAGAGGACUGGACCAGGAUGAGUAUGAGGAAGUUCUUGACUCGGGGACCUUCAGCCAUUAUGUUAGGAAGCCCCCGCACACAAGACCGAGUGAUUACGAAUACCACCAUAGACGCAGGUCGCCUCCAGGAUGGGGAGAGGCAAGUGACACCGGCACCAUUCCCAGAACAAGGGUCACAAAGUCGGACUUCCUCCCCGAUUCCCUGCAGCAGGAGGCUCGGGCACGGUUACGACAGUUACAAAGGGAAAGGUAUUUGAGACCAGAACCGUCGGCCUCGAGUUUUGAGCCCCAGAGGAAAACGAAGAGGGUGAUGCCGACACAGCCCAGUGGUAGUCCUAAGAAAUCCUGCGCUUGCCAGCCACCUGCCAGCUCCUCUGCCCCCUACAAGUGUCCAUACUGCACCCCCAUCCACAACUCUGACUUUGGGCAUUAUAAAGUUACCAAGAAAACCAAAAAGAAAGAGGCCAGAGAGGUGGAGGGGGUGUCCAGCCUCAUGGCCAGCAAAAACACAAGGGGAGAGAGGAAGGGGGCAGACAAAAAGGUGAUAUACAACCCUAAUGCAUGUACUGUUCUAAUCGAAAAACAUAUAAAUAAAUGAGUGUGUGACAUGAAACAUUAAA